AAAAUUUAUCUAUGAUUGAAACUAUAGAAAACAAAGAUGAAAUAAUUAAAAAUUCGAUUAAUUUUAUUUGGAAGGCAACAAGUGGAAAAGCUGUAGCAGUAAUCUUUAAUGAUGAUUUCUUACUUUCAGCUACCUUUACUCUUAGCGACAGAAUGUCUAAUACAAUAAACUUGGAUGCACCAAGUUGUGUAAUUAUUAAUAAAGAAAAUUUUAUUAAGAUAGUAAAUCUUGCCAAAGUAAAUAAAAAAGAUCAAAUGAUAAUUAAUGAUGAAAACUAUGAAGCUAUUCAAGCUGAAGAUAUUAAUCUUGUUAGACAACCUAGUGUUUUAUCAUUAGAAAUAGAUUUUGUAAAUAUGAACAUUCAAGAAAGUAAUAUGGAAUCGAGUUUUGACAUAGAUAACAUGGACAAUUCAAGUGAAUUCAAUAAGAAGGGUGAGAUCAUUCAAAAAAGUAAAACACAAAAUUUAAAUUCAAAUAAUCAGGAACCAAUCAGCUCAGAAUCAGAUGAAUAUGAUGACACAGAUGAGGAAACAGGUGAAAAGUUAUUUGAUGCUUUAGCUUCAUCAAUUGGAAAAAGUAAAGAAAUCAGUUCUGCAAAGAGUAGCAUCUACAGAAAAAUAAAUAAGCGUGAUAGUAUAAAACACAUCCCUUCAACAUUGACAGAUGAUAGUCCACUACCAAGUGAAAAAGAAGCUAUAUCAGUCUUACAAGUUAAUGAACCUGUAAAUGGACCUGUAAAUGAACCUGUAAAUGAACCUGUAAAUGAAUCAAUUGCAAGCUCUUCAAAAAGCCAACAAUCUAAUAGAAAUAAGAGUAGUAUUGAAAAUGAAAAAACUUCUUUAAUUAAUAAGAAGUAUGAAAGUGUAAAUUAUAAUGAAAUCAGUGAGUUGCAAUUAGUUAAUGUAGCCUCUAGCACACCAGCAGAAAUUACUGAUGUAAUUGAAAAGAAUCAAGGUGACCUACAAUUUGAUAAGCAUUCAGAUUCAGAUGUACACCCUUGUAUUGGACUGAGUGGUGUAUCUGUUGUUCUUGUUAAUGACCCUAUUCCAGUUAAAAAAGAUGAUUCCAAAGGUAAACAAGUAAAUAAGAGGACAAACAAUUUUGGAGCAAUUUUUAAAGAGUUGAAAUUCUCUUAUUCCAUUGAAAGUCUGCUUUUCCCCUCAGAUUCAUCUAAUUAUUCUUUGCAAAACACAAUUAUUCAAAUUCAAGAAAAAGAUUCUUAUUAUAAUCAUGAAAUUUUUUCAAAUAUUAUUAAUACAAAUGAUAAUGACAUUAAACCGAUCUUUUCUAUAGAAGAUAUUAAUUUUCUGAAUGCAUCACAAAAGAUCCCUUCAUUUACAUUAACAUCUUCACAAGUUAAUUAUAUUCAUCUUUCAAUAGACAAUGAGAUCACACAACCAAUAGAACAUAUUAUACUUAAUGCUCUAACAAAGACUACAAUGGAAACCAUCACUAAUAUCAGCAAUUCAAAUAUUACUAUGAGCAAUAAUAGCAGCACUGAUAACAAAGAUACAAACAUUUUCAAAAAAAUAACAGGAUUAACACCAUAUAUUGAAUGUGUUAUUAGAGAAUAG